GCGGUGUUGCGCAGUCUCACAGCACGCCAGUCGUCGAAGGUGGGCCUCGUACACAGCAGACGUUCGUCUGCUCAGAAAUAAGCAUAGUCGGUGCUCAGAAAAAUUGGUUAUGUCGUAAAGCACGUGCGAGGCCAUUGCGAAAAUGCUGCCGCGAAUAUGCGAUGCUCGAAUUGUAUGCAGCCUGAUUUUGUGUUGUCUGGUCGGUGCUUCUUGGGGAAAAUCGGAGUUGAACGAGGAUGCUGUACCUUGCUCAUUACGACAAUUUACUUGUGCCAAUAAAAAAUGCAUAGCAAUAUCUUUCAUGUGCGACGGGGAGAACGACUGUGAGGAUGGGUCCGACGAAAUCAUCGAGCAAUGCCCAAAAAACACAACAUGUGCAAAAAACGAGUUCCGAUGCAACAGCGGGCGUUGUAUACCAGGACAUUGGCAAUGUGAUCACGAACAAGACUGUAACGACGGCAGCGACGAAGACGAACAUGUUUGCCAACAAAAAGUUUGCGGUGUUGACGAAUUUACAUGUCGCUCGGCGGCAGGUGAAUGCGUCCCUCUAACGUGGAUGUGCGACGACAACCGCGACUGUUCGGAUGGCAGCGACGAGAAAGCUUGCAAUGAGACUUGUAGAUCUGACGAAUUCACUUGUAAAAACGGCAAAUGUAUACAGAAAAGAUGGGUUUGCGAUUUAGAUAACGACUGCGGAGACGGUUCGGACGAGAAGGAUUGUCCGCCUGUCACUUGUUCCACGGAUUCGGAGUUCCAGUGUGCUGAAAAUUUUUGCAUCUCGACUAAAUGGAGAUGCGACGGGGAGUACGAUUGCGUCGACGGUAAAGAUGAACAGGGGUGUCCCAAAAUCGCCAUCACAAGCUCCUUCUGUCUGGCGGAAGAAUACGAAUGUGGAGAUCGCUUGACUUGCAUUCACAAGGGGUGGCUGUGUGACGGGACAAGGGAUUGUCCAGAUGGGUCGGACGAGUCACCUGACAAUUGUCAGAACAUCACCUGCAGGGCGGAUCAGUUCCAAUGUAAAGACCGAUCUUGUAUUGCCGGCCAUUUACAUUGUUCGGGACAUCCGGAAUGUCCAGAUGCCAGCGAUGAACUCGAUUGCGGUGCACCGAUCCCGACGUGCGACUUUAGGACGGAGUUCGACUGCGGCGGGGGCAACUGCAUACCUUUAUCUCAGGUUUGCGAUAAGCGCCAGCAUUGUCCCGACGGCGAGGACGAGCCGGUAGGUCGAUGUGGCAUUAACGAGUGUAACGAAAACAACGGGGGUUGCAACCAACGUUGCGUCGAUACCCCGUCGUCGUUCUAUUGCGAUUGCAACCAUGGUUACAAGCUGGUGGACAACACGACCUGCAAAGACAUAAACGAAUGCGAAAUCCCGGGCAGUUGCUCUCAGAUUUGCAUCAACGAUAAAGGGGGUUUCAAAUGCGAUUGCCAGGCAGGUUAUAUGCGCGAUCCACGUGACCUGACCAAGUGUAAGGCGAUCGAGGGGCACGCCUCCCUGCUUUUCGCUCGUCGCCGCGAUAUCAGGAAGAUAUCUUUGGAUCACCACGAGAUGACUAGUAUCGUGAACGAGACGAAUUCGGCCACCGCUCUCGAUUUCGUUUUUCGAACUGGAAUGAUCUUCUGGAGCGACGUCACUGAUAAAAAGAUCUACAAAGCUCCCAUAGACGAAGGAAAUGAGAGGUCCGUGGUGAUCAGCACCGAUACAACCACAUCAGACGGGCUCGCGGUCGACUGGAUUUACAACCACAUUUAUUGGACGGACACGGAAAAGAACACAAUAGAACUAGCGAAUUUCGAUGGAAAAAUGCGGAAAGUUUUAAUCAAAGACGAAUUGGAAGAACCGAGAGCGCUUGCGCUUAAUCCGCUCGAAGGAUGGAUGUUCUGGACGGACUGGGGUAGCGUUCCCAAAAUUGAAAAGUCGGGGAUGGACGGAUCGCACAGGCAGGCCAUUGUCACAUUUGACGUCAAAUGGCCCAACGGUCUUACUCUGGACUUGGUCAAGAAACGGGUCUAUUGGGUAGACGCCAAGUUGAAUUCGAUUUCGUCCUGCGAUUAUAAUGGAGUGAACAGGCAACUUAUUCUAUACUCCCUGGAUUCUUUAAGACAUCCAUUUUCCAUUACUACCUUUGAGGAUUGGGUCUAUUGGACAGACUGGGACAAAGCGGCCGUUUUCAAAGCUAACAAAUUUACUGGAAGCGACGUACAACCCGUUACGGCCACGGAAAUGAUACAAGACCCAAUGGUAAUCCAUGUCUACCAUCCCUACCGUCAACCCGACGGCGACAACCACUGCCAGGCGGUUAACGGCCACUGCUCACACCUUUGCUUGCCGGCUCCUCUGAUAAACGCAAUGUCGCCACGUAUUUCUUGCGCUUGCCCUCAAAACCUGAGGAUGUUGGCGGAUGGACUGACUUGCGUCCAAGAUGAAACAUUAACGACCACCGUAAAUUCUAUAACAUAUACAGAUUAUUCAUCAAUGACAGAAAUAGUUACAGAAAGUACAGCGAAUAAAUCGCAUCCUACUAACGCGGUCCCGGAAACCACUGAUGAUGGUACAAUUGCGGUUAUAGUGAUUGUUAUAGCAUUCGCUGUCGUGGUUAUAAUCGGUUUCGUUGUAUACAUUUUCUAUAGAAGAUACUUGAAGCGCAAUAUGACAUCCAUGAAUUUCGAUAAUCCUGUGUACCGUAAAACAACUGAAGAUCAAUUUUCGUUAGAGAAAAACCAGUACCCCGCAUCGCGGCCGUAUUUAAGUACCGUGGGUGAAGAGGCGCAACAGCCUCUGACAGGUGCCAACCCAAAUGACAAUGUUUAAACAGUGAAAUUUUUUUACUCAAAAGUGCUCAAUUAUUACAGUGAAAUUAAAGACAACUUAUUUAAAAAGUCAUCUUCUGUUUGAAUAGAUGUGUAUUUGUUGUACCAUCACAAAAAGAACUAUAUAGGGUGUUGUUAAAAUCCCAGUUUUGCAUCAAACCCUAGACUGAAUUUAGUUGAAACAGACGAGACAUGAUCGAAUAAAAUUGGCAACGUUUUUUUAGAAAUGUUUUCCUAACUUACUGUUUAUGAUCUCAACGGAAAAUGGGAUUUUAACGAUUGGAUGAAAGUGAGUGAGAUUUGAGAGGUAUGGUAAUUUGUCCAAAGAUUGUAUUAGCAAGUAAUCUAAGCCAAUUGUAAUUUUUAAUAGUCAUGUUCCCCCCUUCCCCUCGAUGUUAAGUUUUGUCAAAUUCGUAGCUCGAUAUUUUAUUUAUCUAUUUUCAUUGCCCAUGUUUGUAUAUAUUUAAAUUUUUUAGAAAUGUUUGUAUUGUUAAAUUAUUUAUUACAUCACAAUGUUAAGCUUGUAAACUAUAUUUUACUGCGAAAAUCAAAAUGUAAAAAAUUGUAUAUUUCAGUCAUACAUAACACUAAUUAAUAUAGCUCUAAAAUUCUGUGAUUAUAUUGUUUGUAUUCCUUUUCAGUUUUCUAGGAAUUUACAUUUUUACUGUCUAGAUUAUUUAUCACG